CAGUGAACGGAAGUGGCUGUUGGGGGAUUAAAGGUAGCUUUAAAUUCCUGCUGUGUUCAGAACUCGGCCCUUUCAGCUGGAGUCGGCUUCGCGCGACGGAUGGCUGUGGACGUGAAGUCGCGAGCAAAGCGUUAUGAAAAACUGGACUUCCUCGGGGAGGGACAGUUUGCCACGGUUUAUAAGGCCAGAGACAAGAACACCAACCAAAUUGUCGCCAUUAAGAAAAUCAAACUUGGACAUAGAUCAGAAGCUAAAGAUGGUAUAAAUAGAACUGCCUUAAGAGAGAUAAAAUUAUUACAGGAGCUAAGUCAUCCAAAUAUAAUUGGUCUGCUUGAUGCUUUUGGACAUAAAUCUAAUAUUAGCCUUGUCUUUGAUUUUAUGGAAACUGAUCUAGAGGUUAUAAUAAAGGAUAAUAGUCUUGUACUGACACCAUCACACAUCAAAGCCUACAUGUUGAUGACUCUUCAAGGUUUAGAAUAUUUACAUCAACAUUGGAUUCUACAUAGGGACCUAAAACCAAACAACUUGUUGCUAGAUGAAAAUGGAGUUCUAAAACUGGCAGAUUUUGGCCUGGCCAAAUCAUUUGGGAGCCCCAAUAGAGCUUAUACACAUCAGGUUGUGACCAGGUGGUAUCGGGCCCCUGAGUUACUAUUUGGAGCUAGAAUGUAUGGUGUAGGUGUGGACAUGUGGGCUGUUGGCUGUAUAUUAGCAGAGUUGCUUCUAAGGGUUCCGUUUUUGCCGGGAGAUUCAGACCUUGAUCAACUAACAAGAAUAUUUGAAACUUUGGGCACACCCACUGAGGAACAGUGGCCUGACAUGUGUAGUCUUCCUGAUUUCGUGACAUUUAAGAGUUUCCCUGGAAUCCCGUUACAACACAUCUUCAUUGCAGCAGGAGAUGACUUGCUAGAUCUCAUACAAGGCUUAUUCUUAUUUAAUCCGUGUACUCGAAUUACAGCCACACAGGCAUUGAAAACUAAGUAUUUCAGUAAUCGGCCAGGGCCGACACCUGGAUGUCAGCUGCCAAGACCAAACUGUCCAGUGGAAGCUUUAAAGGAGCAGCCAAAUCCAGCUGUGGCAACAAAACGGAAGAGAAUAGAGGCCUUGGAACAAGGGGGAAGUUUUACAACGUGGAUUACAAAAGAUUCAGCCACACAAGAGCGGUGCCACAGUGCAGACAUGGACUUACCCUUGGGUCCCCAAUCAUUUUGGACUUGUAACAUUCUAUCACAAUACGAUGCUGAAUUUUCUUCUUUCCUUAAUUUAAGGCAUAAUUUAUUUUUGGAUAUAAUAAAUUAAUAUUAAUUUUGUUUU